AAUUCUUUCCUGCCGUCCCCUUCUGCUUUUGGAUCAAGUUUCCUAGAAGAAGAUGCCUUCCUCAUUGUGCCAAAUCUCUAGAGUCUCCACAUCGCUGCCUGGUUUUCUCACAUUCUUCAUUACUUUUCAUAUUUGCAAGGUGGAAUCAGCCCUGUUUACAGUUGUUGGACCUGAUCAGCCAGUCACUGCCAUUGUGGGGGAAGAGAUCGUACUGCCAUGCCACCUGUCCCCCAACAUGAGCGCUGAGAACAUGGAAGUGAGGUGGUUCCGGUCUGAGUUCACAAAUUAUGUUCAUCUGUACCGCGAUGGGAGAGAUCAGUUUGGAGGAGAGAUGCCAGAAUACAGGACAAGGACAGCGUUUUGGAAAGAUGGCCUCACACAUGGAAAUGUUUCCUUGAGGAUUCUCAAUAUCAGGCCUUCAGAUGAAGGGCAAUACACCUGCUUUGUUAAUGAUGGCAUUGCUGACGAAGAAGCUGUAAUGGGACUGAAGGUAGCAGCUGUAGGCUCUAAUCCUAUCAUCUCUGUGGAGGAUUACCAGCCUGGAGGGAUCCGCGUGACAUGUCGAUCAGCUGAGUGGUACCCAGAGCCCCAGGUGCUGUGGAGAAAUGCCCAGGGGCAUCAAAUACCAUCGCUUUCUGAAAUAAAAUCCCCAAAGGCAAAUGGCCUGUUUGAAACAGAAAUUUCUGUUGUCAUAAAGAGACAUUCAAACCAGAACUUGUCCUGUUGGGUCAGGAACAGCCUCCUCAACCGAGAGAAGGAAUCAGCAAUUUAUAUAUCAGCUCUCUUUUUUCCAAGUGUGAAUCCCUGGAUGGUGGCCCUGAGUGUGAUCCUGGUGGUUGUGCUAAGUUUCAUAAUCCUGAAUGUGUAUCUCUUCAGCAUGAAAGGAAACCUUCAACGAGAACUUGGGUGGAAAAGAGCUGUGAUCUGUCCAGGGCUGGGACAAACUGCACCACCUCUGGAAAAAGAGGACGUGACUCUGGAUCCAGACACGGCUCAUCCCGAGCUUGUCUCUGAGGAUGGGAAAAGUGUGAGAUGGACAGGCGCAUGGCAGGAUCUGCCCAACAAUCCUGAGAGAUUUGACACUUGGUGCUGUGUGCUGGGCCGUGAGGGAUUCACCUCCGGGAGACACUGGUGGGAGGUGGAGGUGGGGGAGGGGAGGUUGUGGGCCGUGGGGGUGGCCAGAGAGUCUGUGAGGAGGAAGGGAGUGAUCAUAUAUAGCACCGAGGAGGGGGUCUGGGCUGUGCUGUGCUGGAUGGGUCACUACGUGGCUCUCACUGCCCCUGAUCCCACGCCCCUGUCCGUGGACUGGGCACCCAGCAGGGUGGGGGUGUAUCUGGACUGCACAUUGGGGCGGGUGUUGUUUCUCGAUGCUGACACCGGGGCCCCGAUCUUCACCUUCCCGCCGGCCUCGUUCGCGGGGGGCAGGAUCCGGCCCUGGUUCCUCGUGGAAGAGGGUGAAAUCAGGCUCAGACGGUGCCAGUGAGAUGGAAAGGAAACGUGCAAGACAGGACCUGCUCGUUGUCCCCUCCGGCCUCAGUCGUGCUCGUGUCUGUGACCCUGGAGGACUCCUCUCGCUGCAGACGAUCAGCUGUGCCGUAUCCGUGGCCCUGGACGCGCAGGCUGGGUUUCUUCAUCCCCCGACCACGGCGAGCAGGACGUGGCUGAGCUGGACGGUUGUUUCUGCCCGUGUGUCAUUUCCUGCAUGACCGAGGGGUCCUCAGGGGCCUGUGGGGUCCAGCACCCAUGGGCGCAGCCGCAGGGCAUCGAGGGAGGGGCGGCGACGAGGAGGCACCAAAACCCGGGGCCGGUUGUGUUGGGAAAUGCAGUUGAACCCAGCCCUGAAGUUCAUUGCAGCGCUUCUUGUGCAGAGCCUCCAGUCCUGGGAGAUGGAGUCGCUGCAGCUGCUUAAAACGUGAUUUCUGCAAAUUCUGGCCCUUUCCCCUCACUCUGAUUAUUAAAAAUCACCCCCAAGUGAUUCAUUGUUCUCAC